UUGGUUGGUCCCCUUUGCAGACAGGUGUCGUGGGUGUUCCCCCCCCCCCACGGCACUGCAGAAGAGCAGUUUGGGCAGGAGGGGGUUACUGGCCCGGCUCCUGGGCUGGCCCAGCUCGGGGUGUGGGGCUGAUGAAUCAGCAUCCGCUGCUGCUGCCUCUCCUGGCACGGUGUGUUCGGCUGGGAUCAGCCAGGGAAGAGUCCACGAGGGGGGGGGAAGGGAGAUUGCAGUAGAGGUCGCCUGGAGAACGCAAGGUUUCUCCCCAUUCCAGGCCACAGCCCUGCGUAGGUGGCACCCCUGGCUGCCCUCGGAUCCAGCCCUGAAGCCUUCGCUGGCGCUGCUUCCGCUGCUGCUGGGGUUCCGCCAUGCCCGCCCACGCCUGGCAUGGAGGUGGCUGGCAGCCUUCUGCAGGGCAAGGCCUUCUACUGCCGGGAAUGGGCCCUGGGCCGGCUGGCGCUCAGCCUGGAGGGCGGCGGGGGCGUUCUGGUGACAGGGGGGCCGGGCAGCGGCAAGACCGCCUUGUGCACCGAAGCACUGUGGCCCACAUCCGCGGCCGGGCGCCGGGUGGGGCUGGGCGAGAGUGCCCUGGCCUGGCACUUCUGCCAGCCCCACGACGCCACCACGUGCUCCCCGUGCGGCUUCUUGCUCAGGCUGGUGCGGCAAAUCGAGCGCUGCCCUCUGCUCCCCGGGUACCGCCAGCGUCUGAGCCAAGCGGACGCCCGUCAUGCCCUGGAGACGGCCGAGUGCAAGAAGGACCCGGACGAGGCCUUCCGCAGAGCUGUGCUGCUGCCCUUGCUGGAUUUGGCGCCCCCCUCGAAGCCCCUGCUGAUGGUCGUGGAUGCGCUGGAUGCCGGCGGGAGCGACCGUGAGGAGGACCGGGGGCCCCCGCCAGGCCCCAGCCGGACCCUGGCCCAGCUGCUGGGGAGCCACCUGCAGCUGCUGCCCCCCUGGCUGCUCCUGGUGUGCACGGCCCGCUCCCACAGCAAGGGGCUGCUGCGCCUCUUUCCGGGGUUCCAGCGGCUGUGCCUGGACGACCUGCGGCGAGAGCCGGUGGUCUGCGAUGUGCAGCAGUACAUCCUGGCCCGCCUGGAUGGGGAGGAGGCCCUCCGGCGGCACCUGACCCGGGACACGGCCGAGGCCCUGAGCCAGCUGCACAUCAAGAGCAACGGCUGCCUGCUGUACCUGGAGCGAGUGCUGGACGGCGUGGCCGGGGAGCUGGUCACCCUGCGCGAGGUGCGCCACAUCCCGGGCACCCUCUACGGCCUCUACCUCUGGCUCUGCCAACGCCUCUUCCCUGGCCGCGCCUUUGCCAGCGUCCGCCCCCUGCUGGAGGCCCUGCUGGCCGCCCCACGCCCUCUGCGCCCGGCAGAGCUGUACGCGGCCGUCUGGACCCGCCACCCGCUGCCCUGGGAGGAGUUUGAGGGCCGGCUGGCGGCCCUGGGGGCACUUCUGCAGGGGGGCCCGGGCGGCACCUGCAUCCUCUUCCACGCCAGCUUUGCCGACUGGCUGUGCGACGUCAAGCACUGCACCCAGAAGUACCUGUGCCGCCCGGCCCGUGGGCACGCCCUGCUGGCCAUGAGCGCGUCCUGCCGGGCGCCGGCCUUGGGCCCUGAGCAGGUGCACCAGCUGGCCCACCACUUGAGCCACGCGGAGCUCGCCAUGGAGCCGUGGCAGCUGGCCCUGUGGCUGGUGUGGUGCGGAGCACCGGUGGAGCGCUGCCUGGAGGUGGAGGAAACGCUGCUGCUGCCCUUGGAGCCGGCGGUGCUGGAGCUCCUGGUGCUGGCCGGGGCCCGUCUGGGGGACCGGGGCCCGGGGCCCGCCCUGCAGCACGCCUUGGAGCGCGAGGACUCGGUCCGGCUCUUGCUGGAGAACGGCGCCAGGGUCAACCAGCGGGACGCGAACGGGCGGACGCUGCUGGCCAGCGCAGCCCACAGCGGCAACCACGAGGUGGCAGGGCUGCUUCUCGCUCGUGGGGCGCAGGCGGAGGGCCCGGAUCGGCACGGACAGACGCCCAUGACCCUCGCGGCGCGCCAAGGGCACACGCGGGUCCUGCUCUGCUUGCUGGCCCACGGCGCGAACGUCGACCGCCCGGACCGCGAAGGCUGGACUGCGCUGCGGGCCGCUGCCUGGGGAGGGCACAGUGAGGCCGUGGGGGUUUUGCUGCGAGCGGGUGCCAACGUGGACUGCACCGACGUGGAGGGGAGAACGGCUCUGAGAGCAGCCGCCUGGGGCGGCCACGAGGACAUUGUGGCCACGCUCUUAGAGAACGGGGCGGACAUCAACCGUGCCGACACAGAGGGGCGCACUGCGCUCAUUGCUGCUGCCUACAUGGGGCAUCGUGAGAUUGUGGCACUGCUCCUCGCGCAUGGUGCGCGGGUGGACCAUGCGGAUGUGGACGGACGCACAGCCCUUUCGGUGGCAGCUCUGUGUGUCCCAGCCAGCCGUGGCUAUGCGAAGGUGGUCGAACUCCUCUUGGAUUAUGGGGCCUCUCCAGGACACGCAGACCGGGACGGCAUGACCCCGUUGCUGGUGGCUGCCUACGAAGGCCACGUGGACGUGGUGGAAUUGCUGCUGGAAGCCGGGGCUGACGUGGAUAAGGCGGAUACCACAGGCUGCACCCCGCUCCUGGCUGCUGCCUCCAUGGGCCACAGGGCGGUGGUGGACAGCUUGCUGCUUUGGGGCGCAGCCAUUGACGUGCUGGACAGCGAGGGCCGGACAGCCCUGGGCGUGGCUGCCGGGCAAGGCAGCGACGCUGUGGUCAGAGCUCUGCUGGAGCGGGGCCUGGACGAGAACCACCGGGACGCGCUGGGCUGGACCCCGCUGCAUUUGGCUGCUUGGCAGAGCCACGCAAGGACCUGCGCUGCCCUGCUGGAGGCCGGGGCCCGGGUGGGCGAGUCAAACCGCGACGGCCGGGUCCCACUGAUGCUGGCCGCCCAGGAAGGCCACACGGCCCUGGUCCAGCUCCUACUGGAGCGCGGCUCCCCCAUCGACCACCAGGGCUACGACGGGCUCUCUGCCCUCCCCCUGGCCAUGCUGGGUGGGCACGGUGCCACCGCCGAGCUCCUCCUGCGCAAAGGGGCGGACGUGAACCUGUCUGACGCGGAAGGCCGCCCCAUGCUUUACCUGCUGGUGCUGGAGGCGCGCAUGGAAAUGGCGGAGCUGCUGCUGGAGAACGGGGCCAGCCUGGAGGGGCGGGACGGCCAGGGCCGCACGGCGCUCCACGUGGCGUGUUGGCAGGGCCAGGAGGAAGCGGCACGGCUGCUGCUGAGCUACGGGGCUGACGUGGAUGCCCUGGACAGGGAGCGCCGGUCCGCCUUGCACUUGGCAGCCUGGCAGGGCCACGCCCACGUCGCGCGCCUCCUACUGGAGAGCGGGGCGCAGCCCAACCACGCUUGCCACCAGGGGGCGACGGCCCUGGGCAUCGCUGCCCAGGAAGGGCAGCCGGAGGUGGUGGGGGUGCUGCUGGAGCAUGGCGCCAGCCCCCACGUGCUGGACCGGGCCGGGCGCACCCCCAUGCGCAUGGCGGCCAAGCAGGGCCACCAGGCCGUGCUGAGGCUGCUGGAGUCCCACGGGGCCGCCUCGCCUGUGCCCACCUCCCCCCAGCCGGGCUCCUCGGCCAGCUCCGCCAGCAGCCCCGUCCCCCUGGGCCAGCCGGGCAGCUCUCCCUCCGCCUCCCUGGGCUCGGCCGGCGAUCGCUGCAAGUCCCAGGUGUCCUGCUGCUCCUCGGGGGUCUCCUCUGCCACCUUCCACUCCCUCGCCACGGCCCACACCGUCCCAAUCGACAGCCUCAGCUUUGCCCAGCAGAUCCAGCAGCACUCGCUGCCCCGCCGGCGCCAGGCCGUCCUGCCGCCCCUUCACUUCACGGCCCCCGCGGACAAGCACGGCGGGGACUCCGGCAGCCCCCUGAUCUCCAUGGACACCCUGGACCCCCACCUGCACCUGAAGGCGGCCGUCAAGCUGCAGUUCGAGGGCCCCACCUGCGGCUACGAGUACAAGCAGGAAACGCCCCUCUGACCAGGGCCGCCACACGGGUGGCGCGAUGCAGGUCUCGGGCGGGGGGGGGGGCGGGCGUUCUUUGCACAAUGUCACUGCAGGCCGGGGCCCUCCCUCCGGGAGGGAACAUCAAGGCCAAUGCCUCCCCAGAGGGCUGUUCCCGGAAGGGCACACCGUGGCCAGGAAGGCUGCCAACAAGAGGAGGAGUUUGCAGAGAGCAUUGGGUUGGGAGGACCCUGGUGGCUUGGGGGGGGGUCCUUGGCCCCCACCUCCCUCCCUUUGAAAUGUGGAAGGGGGGAGUGGAGGAGUUCACCCCAACAGCCGAGCACAAAGUUGUGGCUGAGUCCCAAAGCAGGGGGAGGCUGCAUCCUUCUGGCCGACUCCCCCAUCACACACAAAAUAAACCCUCCAGCGGCUUAACUUGCCCUACAAUCAGUGGUGCCUUGAACACUGGGUGGUUGCUAGAGCAGAGGAGCCAAGCAGCCCCCGCCCCCCAUGCACAAGUAGGGCUCACUGCCGACGUGCUGGGAGGGUAGCAGCAAAUGGCAGAAGGGAUGGAUGGUGGCCGUGGGGGAAAUGCCAGGGAGGGUGAGAUUUCG